AUGGACGUCCUGCCUCCGGGAUUCCAAGAGCGGACCCAUGGACAUGGGCUGGUGACCAUGGGGUGGGUCCCUCAGAACACCGUCUUGGCACAUGGUGCCGUCGGCGCGUUCUUGACGCACUGUGGACGGAGCUCGCUUAUUGAAGGGCUUCUGUAUGGGCACCCUCUGAUCAUGCUACCGAUCUCCGGCGACCAAGGUCCGAACGCGCGGCUCAUGGAGGGGAGGAAG